CCCCCAUGGCCUCAUCUGCCUUGCCUAGCAUACCUCACUUCAAAGCUUCUAAAGGCCCUACCGUCCUGCCUAUGUCGUUCUCUGCUUCUUCAGCUCGGUCUUUCUCCUUCGUCCGGUGCUUCUCAUAUCAGCUCUAAUGUUUCCUUCUACCCCCUUUGCGCUAACGUAGCCUGGCGUCGCUCGAAUUGCUCAACAUGUCUACAAAGAACAGAUGGCCCUCGUGGUCCCUCAGGUCUCCCCCAGAGACAUAUCAUAGGGUUGGAGGCCUGCUCCCUAUUGAUACCAUGUUGGCCGAUGACGACGAACGCCCGGCAAAGACAGUCCCAACCAGUCCUACCAAGAGAACCUCAGAACGUGGACAUGGCCAGCGUCCGAGCCUCACAAUCAUCACACCAGAUUAUAAGAACCAAUGUCUGAACUACCAAGGCGCCGCCUUUUCCCCACAGUCUUUUGACGCCGUCCAUGCGGCAUCCAAUCUGCUGGCACUUUUCAAUGACAAGCUGCGUUCACCGAUUACAAGUCCCACUGUAUAUCCUAGAUCCUCUGCCCUACUAGAUAAACCUCUCCCUAGCCAGCCACGUUCGCAAAGCCUUCCAUCGACACCAGAGCCAGUCGAGCUUCCCGGAUCCAUCCUACUCGAAAAUCAGGGUUUCCCUUCUCCACCCCUAGCCACGGGCUGGGCAACCUCUCGCACCAUGAGGUCGGUUCGUAGUGUCAAUUCCGUUGGUCCCACUGCUAGACCAGGCCCACCAAAUAGGCCACGGCACAUGAAGAGCUUAAGUGAGACCACCGUGCAACCGGAACGCUUAAAGAUGCACUCCAACCCCGUCACUCCAUCGUCAUCCACCGGUAGAUCGACCGACAGUAAACUCCCAACGUGCUCUGAAUCGACCAUUGAAGAUUACAACAGUAGUUCCGAUACAGUCAAGGCUCAUGUGGGUCUGGAUGCGCUGCUGAGACCGUCGCCAUUGAUGAUAGGAGGGAAGGGAAGAAGGAUGAGUGGCGAAGGAGCAUCGGGCAACGACCGAUUCCGACGUGGCAGCUCAAACCCUCAGGACAGCCCGGCACGGACCAAACAGAUCGAGGAGCUCAAGUCGACCAUCACAGCGCAGGAUCAGACCAUUUCGACGCUGCAAGCACAGUUCGCAAGUCUGCGUGGGUCGCACGAGGCGCACGUUGCAAGUCUAGUGGACGCACAUUCUGCCGAGACGUCGUCGCUGCGAAAUUACACCAGAGCGCUCGAAGAACAGCAGAAGCAGAGGACCCUCCAUCACACCUCUAGCAACCACCUGCUCUUCUUGCUCGACACCACCGACCCGCCCGCAGUACCAGAAGCAUUCUCACGAGCAUCCACCAGCAGCGCGUCUACCAAUUCAAACCGCCGCCAGUCUUUUGAAACUGCGAUUGAAAGCCAAGCACGUGCACCGUCGCUGCGGUCAGCCAGCGAUUCUUCAGAGAUGGACCGCUUCAAACGAAAGUUAAGUACAACACGACGAACAACCAUAGCCAGUCGCAACAUAUCGCGAGAGUCCAGUACCCAGGAUCCCCGACCUAACAUUCGUUUUGCCCAACAGAGAAAUGCUAAGAGAGCCGCUACUCAAGAGGAGAAUGACCAGGCCAUCGACGCCCAGCUUGAGAAGGUUAUGGAGAGUCUCAAAGCCACCAAAGAGUCGGAGGGGAAAUACAUCAGUAUGCUCGAGGAAGCUGAGAAGACGUGCAUAGAGUACAAGGAAAAGGUGGACCUGUCAGAGAAACUUCACAACAUACAAACGAGCAGCAGCCCAUUCGAUCCUCAACCGCCGAAACUUCAAGUGCCAUCCUCGAUUAUCAAGAACCGGGAAAGUGCGGCCACCGACUUUGCAGAUUUCUCGCCAAUCAGUCCACAAGACCAGUCGGAACUGCGGACAAUGCUCACGACUCUCAUGGACCACGUGGAUCGAUUGCAGAUACAAAUACGAGACAAGGACACUGAAAUUUCCGUGAUGAGCCAGAACUAUGAAGCACUGAAGGCUGAACAUGAAAAGAUGUGUCUGGAAUCCGAAAUUCAGAGCCAGCUGCUCCACAAGACAAAGCAGGAUGAGAUUCAUAUUGAGGAGCUGCGUACGAAAAUCAUCGAUCGCGAAUCCACUAUUGGGGAGAAGAGCCGAGCAUUGGAGCAGGCGGAGAGACAGCUCGAUUGCCACAAGUGGCUGUUAGAGGCCGAAAUUAGGCGAAAUGCCGCACUCAAACUAUCAGGUGAGGUAGGAAAUGAUGCUCUUCCUGAUCCGACUGCCCUUACUUCCAAGGAAGAAAUCGAUCGUUGGGUAGAUAGGCUUCACAAACAACUGAAGAGCAGCAAAGUCAAGCAAAACGGUGAAGCAGCUGACGAUAGCCUGGGUGCUACGGUGAAUGGCCUACGGAAGGAGAUUGAAUUUUACGUCCGAGAGAUCAUCUACUACAAGCUGGACGUCCGCGGCUACAAAUCCGACAUCAAGAAGCUGAAGAAGAUCGUGGGUUCUUCAGACCGGAGCGGACGCUCGGGAGAUAUUCUCUCACCAAUUUCCCAAGUUUCCCCAACGCCCUUUUCGCCUGUGCAGGCAAAUCUUCCAGCAAACCUGGCUGGUCAUGAACCGUCAGUGCAACAACCCCCAUCUCUACCCCCCAUCCGGACAGACGCAUUGCCUAUCAACAUGCCCACGGAGCAACCCAUCACACCAGAUCGCUCUCCAGAAGGCGAGGAUACCCAGACAAUGAGCAAGAUCACUUCUUUACGUGUUGAUCUCCAACGGCCCAUGACGCCCCCCAAUACAAAUCGUCUCAGUCUUACGGAUGAAGCAGGCAAUGCCGAUCCAGGCAUUUCCCCACGAUCCAAUAAAAAGCUCUCGCCCGAGCGCAGAAAACCUACACCUCCAUCUCCAGAUCAAGAGAGAUUUGGAGAUUUGGCAACAAGCUUCCCAUUGAGCACUCCCGCUUCUCCUAAGCGACAUGGGGCAGGAAUGGAAGAUGGCAACCGAUCGCCUGGUGCUUCAGAGGGCCCACGGACCAAGACCUCAGAAAUUCCGGACCGGCCUCCUCGACCACAAAUAGGGUUGUUUGAGUCACCUGCCGGUGUAACAACUUAUGCUCCUCGCAAAGAUGUUAUAGCUGAAGCAAUGCAACAUGCUCCAGCGCCUGCGCCUGCACCCUUUCACUCUUCAGCAUCAACCUUCCCUGUCACAUCUUUCCAUGAUGACACCAUGAGCGAUGCUCCUCGUCUUGACGAUCAGGCAACACUCCCUCUUAAACACCCGAAGAGACCGAGCACGUCAUCCAGUGUUAGCUCAACUUACUCCAUAGUUCCUGCUACUACGCGCGUGCCCUCUGCUUCUUGCCCUAUUACCCGGAACGUCAAGAUUCUUCCCCCAAGCUUACGCACCGGCGUCGGCGGAACAAUGGCGAGCACGACACCAACGAACAGUCCUAUAUCUCCUGGGGAGGCCUUUAAUCUCCCCACUAAUACUGUUCCUGGCGAAUCCUCAUCCUCUCCACCGUCCCGCAAUAACAGCUCUGGCUCAACUAAUGGUAACAGCAAGAUGGGUAAAGCCUUCUCAGUCGCUUCCUCAGUCGCUUCCUCAGCCGCAACAUCUUCUCCUCGUUCCCGAAAAGCAAUACUGGCUAGUCCUUCGCGUGCUGCUAGCAGCAGCUCUACCUCCGCUCUCAAGCAAGCCAUCAAUUUGCCUGCGAGAUUGGAGUUUAUGAAGGGUAAAGGAAAGAGUAGUCCGAAGAAGGAAAGCAUCGGCCCACCAACUUUGCUAGCGAGCCCGUUUGAUAUCGAUCGGUCGUCGGUCAAGGUCGAGGUCGAGGUCGAGCGCUUGCAAGACAAGAGCGAAAAUGACGAAUUCAUUGGAAGGGCUGUGUGA